AUGGCAUGCGACGCGAAAGAGUCCAUGGCGUUGGACAAGGUCGUCAAGACUUUAAUGCCACGUUUGGCAGGGAUCCGGCGCAAUAUGAUGGUCAUCGAGAUUCACCUCGUGUGCGACAUCGCGAUAAGCAUUGGCCUUGUGGGCUCCAAAUCUCCACAGGGUCUUGGGCGCCGCGCUAAGCCACUAACAACACGAUCUGCCGGGUGGCAGAUCCAACGCCAGGGCAACGCCAACAACGGGCGCCAACCCUCAAGAGACCCUAACCCGUCGGUACAACCUCAUACAAAGUAA